GUCGAUUUCGUUGUUCUGUGUGUGCAGGUUCGAGAGCGAUCCAUCCCAGCCAACCGAGUGGGACGUGCUGUGAGACAGUGGAUAUUUGCGAUCUGCAGGAAUCACGAUGCGAGUGUUUUGAGAGGAAGAGAGAAAGAGAGAGAGAGAGAGAUACAUCACGCGUUCAGCAGCAGCAGCAGCCGCGGCGGCGGUGGUGGCUUCCACGCGCCUCGUAUAGUAUCCGAAGCGACGAUGAUACUUGGUCACGGUCCACCAACGUGAAGACUUGCACGGAAGAGAAGGAUGCUGAAAUAAUAGAGCGAGCGACAAAGCAGUCAGACGAUAGAUAUUCGAUUAGCGCUAUGGGGGCAUUUCUGGACACUCCGAAGACGGAGAAGUGCAACGAGCACGGCACCGGCAACGGCCUGCGUUACGCGGUCGCCAGCAUGCAGGGUUGGCGGAUAGAGAUGGAGGACGCUCACCGAGCCAUAACCGGUCUGGACGGUGGCCUCUCAGACUGGAGCUACUUCGCGGUGUUCGACGGCCACGCGGGUGCGUUAGUGUCGGCGCACAGCGCGGACAACCUGCUGGAGUGCAUCAUGCAGACGCAAGAGUUCAAGGCCGAGGACGUGAUCCAGGGCAUUCAUUCUGGCUUCCUGCGGCUCGACCAUCAGAUGAGAUUCCUGCCCGAGAUGAGCUCCGGUACGGACAAGUCCGGCUCCACCGCGGUCUGCGCGUUCAUAUCCCCGAAGAACAUCUUCAUCGCCAACUGCGGCGACUCGCGGGCGGUGCUCUGCAGAGCCGGGGCGCCGGUCUUCUGGACGCGCGAUCAUAAGCCCGUGGAACCCGCCGAGAAGGAGAGGAUCCAGAACGCGGGCGGCAGCGUCAUGAUCCAGAGAGUCAACGGCUCUCUGGCGGUGUCUCGGGCGUUGGGCGACUACGAGUACAAAAAUCUCGCGGACCGUGGCCCCUGCGAGCAGUUAGUGUCGCCGGAACCAGAAAUAUUUGUGCGAGACAGAGACGAUAAGCACGAUGAGUUUCUAGUUUUAGCGUGUGAUGGAAUAUGGGAUGUAAUGAACAACGAAGAUUUAUGUGAUUUUAUACAUUCAAGGCUACUGGUAACGGAUGAUUUGGAGGCAGUUACCAAUCUGGUUAUAGACACGUGUCUUUACAAGGGUAGUAAAGAUAAUAUGAGCAUAGUUUUGGUGACGUUUCCGGCUGCACCGAAACCAAGUCCUGAGGCACAGAGACAGGAAGCUGAGCUGGAAAUGGCGUUAGAAAGGAGGAUUAAAGAUAUAGUCGCUGCAGAGGAGGAUAAGAAUGAAUUCGAUUAUCUGAAAAUGCUUGAACUUCUUAGAGGAGGCGACCAAGACUUUCCUCAUUUGCCUCCUGGUGGAGGGCUUCAUUCAAAGCAGCCCUUCAUAGAAAAAGUGUUUCGGGAGGUAUGUCCCAGCAAAGCGGAUAGUAAAUCACAGAGCAGUUAAGUAUACACAAUACGUAUACAAUUUCGUACAUGUGAAAUUGCGAUAGACUGGCCAAUCCGAAAGUGAUGAAAAUGAAAAUGUCUGUCGUCAGGAGAAUCAUAAUGGAGUUGCUACGUUGAACAAAAACUGUGCGAUAUGGUAAUUGGAAAGAGUAAUUGGAUAGUUCUCGCAAUUAUAAAAUAUUAUUAUUACCAAAACGAUUUCGAGAUAACUUUGACGCCACAAUUUAACAAUUAUUUUCGGUGCAACAUGAUGCGGAGUCUCAAAUCGCGAUGACUUUUCAGUUUUGUCUACUGUUACGUUAUACAAGUACUAAAAAAACUAGUGAAACACACACUAAAUCAGAUCAAAGUUGGAUUACAAGAUUUAGAAUACGCAUCGUCAAUUUUUUAUCAUAAUAAUUUUUUUCAGUAAUUUAUUAAUUUUUUCAUAGUGCGAGGUCAGCUACGACGACCGACUGAGCGACUUUUAGCGAUUGAACGCCAAUUUACAAUGUACAAACAAUCUGUACAUAAAAAAAUGUAAUUUAAACAAAUGUAGUUGGACUUGCAAGUAUAUAUUAGUAUAGUUCAAUCGCUACAGAUACACCGUAUUUGAUAUUGCAAUACGUACGGCAACAAUAGUAGCAGAUAUAGUUUCCGCCAAUUUCUUGAUAUCUUUACCAAGCAUUAGUAGUCGACAAUGACCGACUGCACACAGGCUUUUAUCUUUUAUCGCGGUUUUCAUCAUCGCAAACACCUUCGCGGAAAGUGUCCCUGUACAUUGCGGCGUCAAAGCUAUCGGAAUAUUUUCACAAACUAUGUUACGUCACACUCGUCGUUGGUAAAAGAACACAUUGUACAAAGCAUUUUAUCCUCACCGAAACGGCGAGACGAGAUCGUUCAUUAUAUUUCAAGCGAGUCUGUGCUAUACGAAUAACCGAUAGUUGUAAGAACGGCGUGUCGUUGUGCGCCCAAUUACUUUUGGCUAUUAAAUUAGGGACCGAAUGCAUCGUACGUGAAGCUGAAUAAACUACUUCAGAGAAUCAUCGCAUCUUCUUUCUGCGAAUUGACACUUAUGUUUGAAACUUGUGCUCACAGUUGUCGAUUUUUCUUUCUUCUAUUUUUUCUUUUGUUCUCUUUUUGUUAAAUCACAUUUAAAUGUAUAUCGCGCCUCUUGUGCAGCUAAAACGAUUUUAUCGAGCUACGUAAUAAACCCUUUGCCUUUUACACAAAAACGAAAGAAAAUGCUCAUUUCUUGCUUCCUGUUGUGCAUUUUAGAACUUUUCUGUCUUAUGUACAUACGUAUGUGUGCACAUGUAUGUAUAGGAUAUAACACACCAAAGAGAUCGCACUUUUACAUAUUUAUUCCAAAAUAUCGAAGAAGAUACAAAAGAUCUAAAACGGUAUGUACCGUCAAUUGGUAUAUUUAAAAAGUAUGCUUUUUGUCGUUAAUAUUACUUAGACAUACGGAGUAAUAAUGAUAUAAAAAAGAAAACAAGAGAGAGAGAGAGAGAGAGAGAGAGAGAGAGAGAGAGAGAAAGAGAAAACAGGUCCUAUUUUACUCGAGGUAUCACAAUGUAUCUUUGUUCAGAUAAAACAUAGCCAUUUUACACAGUAAUAAGAUACAAAUUACAUAUAUACCAUUCGCACAUACGCACGCCGACACAUGCACGCGAUAAUUAUUUAACCUACUUGACAUAUCGUAUUUUUGUACAUUUCUAAAAAUGUGUGAUGCUCUCGAGUUGUUGCGUUUUACGACUGAAAUUCCUUUCGUCUUACACUCCAACUUAAGUAACGCUUUUUUUAAUAUCACACACAAACGGCAAUUAUAUUAAAUUAAUUAGAUAUGCAUCGUUAUGUAAAUGUGGUGAGACACGCGAUAGUUUCAGCAUUCCAAUAUCUCAUAGUUUGUUGUUGUCCGUUCGUAAAAUCACGUUUUACUACGUGUCACAAUGUAACAUGUUACAUUGCUCCGAAAAUUGGAUAUACACAUAGGAGAAAAUGAUGCGGUAUUAUAAAUAGAUGAACACACACAUAAUCUGUCUAUGUUACCUAUCUACAUUUCUUCUUCCCAUUUUAUCCCUACAUGUAUGCCUAAGAAGUAUCUGCGCUUAUAAAAAUCACGAAUGUGUGUUUACGGUACGAAUACAUUGCGUAAAAAGCAUCUUCUUAAUCACCAAAUAGAUUACGUUUGUGUGUAAACUUAGAUCGUGUGAAUGAAUAAUUAUCGACUACCUUCCUCCUGGCUUUCUCCGCGAUACUCUAGAAUAACCAGAAAUAAGUUAUUAUUUGCUUAUUUAAGAAACGUGAAAAAUUCGAUUCAACGCGAUGUACAAAAAUAAAACUAAAUUAUUACAAACUGACCGCGCACGAAAUAUUAUAUUCAAUUAAAAAGAGGGAAAAUCAUCUACGUACAAUAGUGUCUUAGUUUCUCACGGAUGACCAUAUAUUUCAAAAUACUGGUAAUCCUGCUCUCUCAUCUUGCUGUACUUAAUACAAUUGAAUCCAAUUAACGCGUAAUACUUGCCUCUCUUAUAUUAUUAAGUAUGAAACGUUUAAUAAAUCUUAUCUUUUUUUAUACUACAUGGUAGAAAAUAUACGCGAUACACAAUGUUUCUCCAUAUAUAGUUCCCGUGUUAAAAACAUUUCAGAAUUCAUUUAACAUAUCAAUUGAACUGCAUUAAUUUUCCCGAUAUUAUAUAGGAUUAAUACAUUAUUGCGAUCGGACUGUUUGUCGCCGAGCAAAAGAUCGUAAGAUAUUGGAUACAAUGAUCCCAUACAAUGAUAAUUACAAUAUCGAAAAGAUCUAAUUUCGAUAUUGGUUGCGCUCACUCUUUCUUUCCCUCCACACACACACACACACACACGCAUACACACACACAUACACACACCAAAUACAAGAUAUAUCAACGGCAAAUUUAACCCAGGGAAGCGUGUCUUGGCGCGUCCUUUUCGUGUAUAUACUUUAAUCAACGAAUGUACAAUAAUGUCCAGAGUGCAGUGAGCAUAGAAAAGGCAGUCAUUGCACAUAUUCGGUCGUAACAAGUUUUAUAGCUACGUGUUUUGCUAAUUAAUAUACACAUUCUGCUUCCGCAUACUAUUAAUAUAUCCGUCUCUCAUUGUAUCACGCAAUCUAAACUAUUACUCGUGGUGCGUCGAAAUAUAAAAUGUCCAUAAAUUCGUUAAACGACUAUGCUAUUUAUAUAUUUACUCUAAUCCUUCUUCUCUCUCGAUUUACUUUAUAAUUCAAUUAAGUUAGAUUAGUUUUAACGAAAUCUGUCACAGCGUAUAUUUGAACUACUUUGAAUGUCACGCAAGAAAGUCGCGUGUAUAUCCAUACUCUCUCCCUGCUACGCAAAUAUUAUCGUACGAAACGUAAAUACACCUCUUACACAUCA